AAGAUAUUAUUGCCAAUAUCAGGGUCGCUAGAUUACAUUAUGUAUCUGUGCGUUACUUUCUGGAGGGUGCAAGCUAAUUUCAACUUUAAGCUUUUAUUGACUCGUAUCGGUGCUCACUCGUGGAUGAUCUCUCGCAAGACGCUGACGGUAUUGUUUUGAGCGAAGGGUUUUAGCAGCAGACGUUUGCACUUCACGCCCCCAUGAAAGCGUCACGAUGCAACUUUAAAGUUUCCGUGCCUGGCAGCGAUUACAGAGUGUGUUAAACUGUCAGAAAAGAGAGCUCUGCUUCAUGACAGAUGUGCAUCUGGUUCCAAUGAAGCAGUGUGGAAAUGUUUUCCAUCUGUAAAAUAAGAGAGGAGAAAUGCUCUAGCUAUACACCCAUCCCAUGUGAAGAGCGCCUCACUGAACAGCGGCGGUGAUGUCUGUACUAUAGUCUAAACGGGACACACUUUGAAACUGUUUGCAAUCCAGGCAACAUACAACUGGCACGCCGGGCUCCGAAAGGAAAUUCAGGAUGAGAGGGUUCCUCCUCCUUAUUCUUCUCAUCUCUUUUUCAGAUUCCUCAUGGGGGAAGAAGUUCAGGUGGUGCACAGUGUCUGAGAGAGAGCAGAGGAAGUGUGCCGAGCUGUCCAAGGCCCUGGUGACAGUGCUCCCUCCGGCAGCCCUCAAUGCGUUCGCCAGGGUCUCCUGCAUAAUGGCACACAGCGCGGCUGACUGCAUCAGCAAGAUAAGGGCCAACAAAGCCGAUGCUGUCACCCUGGAUGCUGGAGACGUGUACACUGCAGUCAAGCAGUUCAACCUGGUCGUGCUGGCGAAGGAGAUCUACCCAGAUGGGGGCUGCGUGUUCGCCGUGGCGGUGGUCCGCAAUCAGAGCCUGGAUGUCCGCAGCCUGCACAAGACCAGGAGCUGCCACAGCGGGGCCCGCUCCACUGCCGGCUGGAACCUGCCCGUGGGCUUCCUGCUGUCCAGGAACUACCUGCAGUGGUACGAGGAGCAGCCCCUGAGCGAAGCGAUCAGCUCCUUCUUCAGUGCGAGCUGCAUCCCCGGGGCUGCCUCGCUGGCCCCCGAGCUGUGCACGCUCUGCCAGGGACGGAAAUCCUACAUCCGGGACAAGAACUAUUUCUGCGAGGCCACCGAGAACGAGCCCUUCUACGACUCGGAGGGGGCCUUCAGAUGUUUGAAAAGUGGCAAGGCUGACGUUGCCUUUUUAGAUCACACGGCUAUACUCCAUAUUGAUGAGUCGGAGAAGGAGAGCUACAGGCUACUCUGCGCCGACGGGUCCAGGGCAGAGCUGGCAGACUUCAGGAGGUGCAACCUGGGCCGGGGUCCUGGAAGAGCCGUGGUGACGAGACACAACUACAAGAAGAUCGCACGCAAGUUCCUGACCGUCGCACAGCGGCUGUUUGGGCGCCGGGGGCGCGAGGGCCAGCGGUUCCGUCUGUUUGAGUCGUCUGCGCUGGGAGGGAGGAACCUGAUGUUCCGAGAUGUGACGGAGAAGCUGCUGAUCCUCUCCGACGAGGUGGACAUCAACCAGGUCCUGGGGCUGGACUACGUGACCCUGCUGAAAGGACUUGGACACGAAGGGAGCUCCAUGGACAACAGUGUGGUCCGCUGGUGCUGCAUCAGCAUGGGCGAGCAGAAGAAGUGCGAGGAGUGGGCUCUGAAUAUCAAAUCCGACCCCCUGGUAUGCGUCAGAGCCACAUCCAUGAGCGACUGCAUUGAGAAGAUCAAGAGAGAUGAGGUGGACGCAGUCUCGCUGGACGCCAGUCAUGUCUACAUCGCUGGGAAGUGUGGUCUGGUCCCAGUGGCAGCAGAGUAUUAUGGGGAAACGUGUGUACCAGCAGCUGGAGGGACGAAAGGAGCUGCUCAUUACGAGACCGAAGUGCUGCCCCCUGUCUACGCGGUGGCUGUGGUGAAGAAGUCCUCCCGGAACGUGUACUUCGGCAAUCUCUCCGGGCGCCGGUCCUGCCACAGCCAGAUCUACAGCCCCGCGGGCUGGCUGCUCCCCGCCAACCACACCAUCCGAGCCAGCGGCAACCAGAGCUCCCACCGCGACUUCAACACCGCGUACAGGGAGUAUUUCUGGAAGGGAUGCAUGCCUGGAGCGCAUGGGAGUCUCUGCAGGGUUUGUAUUGGUGGAGACGAGGACCUGGGAGCCAAACCGUCCAAUCAGAGAUGCGUAGCCAAUCAUAAUGAGCGUUACUAUGGCAACUUGGGGUCCUUGAGGUGUUUAGUUGGGGAUCCAAGCGGGAAGAGUUUUGGAGACGUGGCCUUCCUGGAGCAGCACAGCCUGCUGGAUAACAUUGAGAAUCUGGAGCGGAGCGGCUGGUCGAGUGGCUGGACAUCCCAGGACUUGGAGCUGCUAUGCCCCGGCGGUCAUCGCGCCCCCCUGGCGCAGUGGCGGGAGUGUCACCUCGGCGCCGUGCCCCCCAGCGUGGUGAUGACACGCCCUGUCCUCACCACCAAGAUCUACGACUUCCUCAUGAAGUCCCAGGAAACCUUGGAAGCAAACCCCGACUCAGACUUCCAGUUGUUCGAGUCCCAGAAGUACGGAGAGAGCGAUUUGCUUUUCAAAGACCUGACGGAGUGUCUGGUCCACACCAGUCACCUGGACCAUCGGGCUAUACUGGGAGAGGAGUUCUACCAGUUAGUUGAGGCAGCCUUCAACUCCACACAAGCAGAUAUUCUGCAGUUCUGCAAACAGGACGUCUGCAGCAUGUAACGAACUCCUUUCACCAUGAAGAUGCUCUGCAUCACUAAAGAGUCAAAUCUGAUCGCUCAGCAAUACAAACUCUGUCAGCAAAACGGUUUUACUAAUGCAUUCUCCGGAGGGAGCAGAACAGGGGGUCCCAGGCAGCUACAAACGGCAGAGGCGUUUGGGAACGUUUGCAGUAUUAAACAGAAGAAAGGUUAUAAGUUAACAGAUUUCAAUGUAAAAGUAAACUAUAAAUCAUGAUGUUGAUUCUAUACUCUCUAUUCUGUUUUGUGAUUAUUGUUUUUUUGUGCACACAUUUAUUUCAUUGUAACUGCAUGCCACAUUAAACGCACGCAUCAUCAUACCGACGCCCUCUUUUGGUGUUGAGAGUGAAGCCGCUUGUCUUUUUCUGCUCAAGCCUGCAUUUCCACACGUUUUCAGUAACAAUUGCAUGGAAUGUCUUGGAACUCUUACAAUUAAUGAUCCUACUGUAGUAAAUCCACUUCCAAAAAGCACCACCCCAGCCCAAACAUUAUUUAAAAAAUACAUCAGAUAAGUGCAUUCAAGGCAACUAAGGUUUAAAACAAA